AUGGCCAGCAUUAUUCGGUCUGCGAAAUCCGGGAAUGAGUGGACGAUGAACGAAUUAAAUGCCUAUAACAUACAAAUAUCCUUCCAGGACGCUCAGACGUUUUUCGGCACGGUCCCCUUGCCUCCUCCUGCCGUCAGCCAGGACAUUCUCACUGCCCUUGACGCCGACGACGCAGUUGACGAAAGAGUAUACAAUCUCCUAACCCAAUUGGAUCUUGCCAUGCUCCCUUCCGAGCCUGAGGAGUCCGCAGUCGACGAUUUCGCUGUACUCCUCUUUCAUUCCCUUGGCUACAUCCAUCGCCCUCGAGCAUUACGCACCCGCAAAGAAUUGCAACUCCUCGUUUGUGGGGAGACAAAGUAUGCAAAACCCGACAUCUGCAUCAUCGAUCGAUCAGCCAACGAUAUUAUCCUCCUCGUCCAGGAGGAUAAAAGGUUCUACAGUGGCGCAGACCCACACGCUCAACUCAUCGCAGAGGCUAUUGCAGCCUUCCAAACUAACAACGUUCGGAGGCUGGCAGCGGGACUUGAGAAACUGGACAGCAAGAUCAUCCCGGGAAUAAUCAUGGUUGGGACAGCUCCCAGUUUCUUCAAGAUUCCAGUCACCGAACAACUGUCUCAGUGUGUCGCACAAGGACAAUACCCCCUCUCUCCUACAAUCGUUACCGGGCAUGUUCCUGACCUCCCCCGCCCCAAUCGCAGGUUUAGUGAAGGCAUGAAGCCUCUUGAUAACCGGCGGGUCAUUCUUCAAUGCUACGAAGCUUUCAAACAAUUUGUUGUCUAA